AUGGCCGCCACCGACGCAUCCAUCCUCGCCCGCCUCGCCGACCUCAAAAUCCCACAUCCCGAGGUCAUCUCCCACGCCCCUGUCAAAAACUCGACCGAAUGGCGCGCCCAGCUCGUCAUCCACCACCCCUCCCUCGCCAACACCCUCCUCACCAAGACCCUCCUCUUCAAGCCCAAGACCGCAAAGUCCGCCGUCCCCACCCCCGUCCUCGUCCUCGCCUCCGAGGCCACCGAGACGCCUUCCGGCGCUUUGGGCAAGGUCCUCGACUUGAAGGAGCUCCGACUCGCUUCUGAAGACCUCAUCAAGGAGGUCCUUCCUUCCGCCGGCUCCAAGGACGACGUCUCUGCCCUCGCUGUCCCCGCUCCCAAGGCCGAGACCCUCCACCUCUUGCUCGAUGCUGCGCUCGCGCAGUCCGAGGACGCUUUCGCCCUGCACUUGACGACUUCCGCUACUACCGUCCUUAUCAAGGGCAGCGAGAUCAAAAAGUACCUCGACAAUGUUGCUGGCGGCGAGGGUGUCAAGGUUGUGGACUUUGCAGAGCUCAAGGCUGCUGCCCCUGCGCCUGUCGAGAAGAAGGCCCCUGCUCCUAAGGAGCCCAAGGCUGUUGUUCCCUCUGGUCCCGCCGACGACAAGUACGAGAUGGCCAUCCAGUACAAGAAGGACGAGGACUUUUCCGGCUGGUACACCGACGUCCUCAUCAAAGGUCAGAUGCUCGACUACUACGACAUCUCUGGUUGCUACAUCCUCCGACCUUGGUCUUACUCCAUCUGGCAGACUAUCCAGAACUGGUUCGACGACGAGAUCAAGAAGCUCGGUGUGCAGGACUGUUACUUUCCCAUGUUUGUCUCCAACGCUCGUCUCGAGAAGGAGAAGGACCAUAUCGAAGGUUUUGCUCCCGAAGUCGCCUGGGUCACCCGAGCCGGCAAGUCCGACCUCGAAGAGCCCAUCGCCAUCCGACCCACCUCUGAAACCGUCAUGUACCCCUACUACGCCAAGUGGAUCAACUCGCACCGCGACCUCCCCCUCAAACUCAACCAGUGGAACUCGGUCGUCCGAUGGGAAUUCAAAAACCCGCAGCCCUUCCUCCGUACCCGAGAGUUCCUCUGGCAGGAGGGCCACACUGCGUUCUUGCAAAAGGCCGAGGCGGACAGGGAGGUGUUGGAUAUUCUGGGGUUGUAUCAGAAGGUGUAUGAGGAGAUUUUGGCGGUGCCGGUGAUUCCGGGGAAAAAGUCGGAGAAUGAAAAGUUUGCGGGGGGCGACUAUACGACGACCGUCGAGGGCUUUAUUCCUACUACCGGACGCGGUAUCCAAGGCGCCACUUCCCACCACCUCGGCCAGAACUUUUCCAAGAUGUUUGACAUCACCGUCGAGAACCCCGACCGCUCCGCCGGCGCGCCCGAGCGUCUCUAUGCGCACCAAAACUCGUGGGGUCUUUCCACUAGGUCCAUCGGUGUGAUGGUGAUGGUCCAUGGGGACGACCAGGGUCUCGUGCUUCCCCCCAGGUGUGCGUUGCAGCAGGUGGUGAUUGUGCCCGUGGGGCUGAGCAAGCAGGAGGGGAAGAAUGAGGGGAUCUAUGAUGCUUGUCACGAGUUGGAGAGGACUUUGACGGGGGCGGGGAUUAGGGCGAAGGCGGAUUUGAGGGAGGGGUAUACGCCUGGAUGGAAGUUUAACGACUGGGAGAUGCGAGGUGUUCCCCUCCGACUCGAGCUCGGUCCCCGUGAUAUCGCCGCCAAGACCACCCUCUCCGUCCGCCGAUACGACAACCACAAGACGUCCUUCCCCCUCGCCGACAUUGCCAACACCGUCACCUCGUACCUCUCCGACAUCCAGGCGUCCAUGCUCAAGCGCGCAAGCGAGACGUUUGAGGAGAGGUUGAAGGUGGUCAGUCAGUGGGAGGAGGUGGUGCCGGCGUUGGAUGGGAAGAAUGUGUUGGUUUUGCCGUGGUGUGAGGGGAGCGAGUGUGAGGAUGAGAUUAAGGAGAGGAGUAAGAGCCAGUCCACCGCAGGCGCCGCCGAAGACUCCAAAGCCCCCUCCGCCGGCGCCAAGUCGCUCUGUAUCCCCUUUGACCAAGAACGCUUCGGCGCCUUCCCCGAGGGGGAGAAGCAAAAGUGUGUGCAGUGUGGGGAGAAGGCGAAGAGCUGGACGUUGUUUGGGAGGAGUUAUUAG